AUGAGUCCGCCACUGUACACCGUUCUGCGGCGUCGCUCUUUGCGGCGUCCCAUUAUUUUCUUUCUGAUAUUCCUCGCCCUCUUCUGGUUCGCCCCCCAUAUGCGUAAUGUCGUCUUCGAUGCCCAGCAUUCGACCAAGAUCGCGUUUAAACUCGCUGCAGGACGGGCCACAGUAACUCACACGCAAAUAUAUACCCACACCCGCUGGACAACGCGUACCUUCACUCACCGCGAGUAUUCGACCAUCUUUCUGGGGCCAGCCGAGAUCCCCGCCUCAACUCGCUCACCUCCAGCUCGCCCAACCGUGCUAGGCGAGCAUAAUUUUCGAUCCGAUGGACUGCUCGAAGUCAAUCCCGCCGCCCCACAUCCCAUUUUCUCCCUCGUCGCGCGAGCGCAACUCGAAUGGGACACUAAACUUGCUUCUGCGAGUAAAACUCUCCGGCAAGCUGUUGCAGAAUACACACGACGGUACAACAGGCCCCCUCCACAAGGCUUUGAUGUUUGGUGGGGCUACGUGGUAGCAAACAGAGUCCAGCUUCCUGACGAGUACGACCAAAUCGACCGCGACUUAGGGCCUUUUUAUGGUGUUGAACCGCUCGAUCUACAGGGCAUUCAAACCGAUUGGGAGGCACAUGCUGACUCAUACACCAUUGGGAAAGACUUGAUCGAAGAAAAACUCGCGCUACUCAAUUUUACGUUGCCGGAGAAUGAAGCAGUCCGCUUUGAACUCGUCAAAGGCGCAUUCCAGAUGAUCGAGCUUCUCGACGAGGUCGAGCACGAACUGCCUGCGUUCCGAGCUGUUUUCAGUCCGCAUGAUAACCCCAAUCUCGUUACUGAUUGGGAACUGCGCAAACUGGCUCUUGACGCUGCCAAGGAAGGUCGAUAUAUUGACAUAGCAAAACCUCCGUCGGAAAAGCAUGGCUGGUUGUCGGCUUGCCCGCCCUUUUCUCCAGCACGCCUCGAUUCUCUACCAUUACCUUUCGACGAAUUACAUCCUAAUACGGGUCUUCCGUCCAUUCCUGGGCAGACAUCAACCAUCUUCGAUAUUGACCGUUUUGACAAGGAUCCUCGGGUGAAGACUUUUGUCUAUAAUCACCGCCUCGCUAUGGACCCUUGUCUCCACCCGUCGCACUUUUAUACCCAUGGGGCGUAUCUCCCGCAUGGUACCGGUCCUGGACCAUAUCGAAGGCUGAUUCCCCAAUUCAGCUACAGUACUACGCCUCUGCACAGUGACAUCCGCCCAGCGGUUCCGCUGAACUGGGUAACUGACGAUUUUCCCAAUGAAGGACGACCACCACCUUUAGGAUUUAGUUGGGAGGAACGGACAGACGAACGAUUGCAGUGGCGGGGAAGCAACACGGGAAUUUGGCAUGCGGCUGAUGGGAGGUGGAGAGAGGCACAUCGAAUUCGGCUCGCUGCAUUGGCGGGAGGUUCUGGGGGAGCCAAUGCAAGCGUGUUGAUGCCUCUGAAAGAUGAAGAAGAAGUUUCGCCUGUUGGCCCGCCGGAAGAGGUUCCGCGUGCUCGUUUUGUGAAUGCUUUGCUGGAUGUGGCAUUUGCGGGCCGCCCUCUGAACUGCGAGCCAAAGGAAUGCGCGAAGUUGGAGGAGAUGUUCGAAUGGCGGGCAGCUCAUGAUCUCAAAAAGGCUGCCCACUACAAGUUUAUCCUCGACGUGGAUGGGAAUGGCUGGUCUAGUCGCUUCAAGCGUCUCAUGAACUCCGGGUCUCUGAUAUUCAAGGCGAGCGGCUAUCCAGAAUGGUUCACCGAUCGAUUGGCGCCAUGGGUACAUUUUAUCCCAAUCCAAAACUCGUUCAGCGACCUGCUCGACGCACUUGUGUUCUUUCGUGGGGAUCCAAGCGGUCAAGGUGCCCAUGAUGUCAUGGCCCGACGUAUUGCCGAAGCAGGGCGGGAAUGGAGUAGGAAGUUUUGGCGGAAGGAAGACUUGGUGGCUUAUAACUAUAGAUUGUUCCUGGAGUAUGGACGCGUUAUGAGUUCAAAUCGGGAGGAAAUGUCGUUUAUAAUGUGGGAGGAUGACCAAGAAGACGAAACACGUGAGCAAGAGCUAGUAGACAGAUGGAAGCGCAAAUAA